UAUAGUAGAGUAAGUGUGAACGUGUAUUCUUUAUUAGAAUAUUGAGAUAUCAAUUUUGAUCAAUUCAUUUCCCCUUCCUCUCCCAUUGGUUUUCUAUCUUCUCCAUCUUUUUAUCUUUAUCCUAAGAAUUCAUCUACUUUUUUUCCCAUGGAUCUUGAAACUUGUUGGUGGUUGAAGUCUUCUCAUGCCUAUUCUAUCCUUAUCUUCAUAAUAUUUUCACUCUUCUCUCUUUUUUUCUAUAUAGUGAAGCUAAAACUUUGGUGCAACUGUGAAAUUUGCCAUGCUUAUGUCACAACAAGUUGGUCUUCACAAUUCACCAAUUUGUGUGAUUGGUACACUCACCUUCUUCAAAAUUCACCAACAAGAACCAUUCAUAUCCAUGUUCUUGGUAAUACUAUCACUGCGAAUCCUGAAAACGUUGAGUAUAUGCUUAAAACAAGAUUUGAUAAUUACCCAAAAGGGAAAACUUUCUCUACUAUCUUAGGUGAUUUUCUUGGUCGUGGUAUUUUCAACGUUGAUGGCGAUUUAUGGCGAUUUCAAAGGAGAAUGUCAAGUCUUGAACUUGGAAAAGUCUCCAUACGAUCAUAUGCAUUUGAAGUGGUACAUAAUGAGAUUCAAAAGAGGCUUCUUCCACUUUUAGCUGAAAAAGAAGGUGUGGUUUUGGAUUUUCAAGAUGUUUUUAGGAGAUUUUCAUUUGAUAAUAUUUGUAGAUUUUCCUUUGGGUUGGACCCUAAAUGUUUAGAAUCUUCACUACCCAUCUCAGAAUUUGCUAUUUCCUUUGACCUAGCAUCAAAAUUGUCAGCUGAAAGAGCUAUGACUACAUCCCCUAUUGUUUGGAAAAUCAAAAGAUUUUUAAACAUAGGGAGUGAAAGAAAGUUGAAGAAAGCAAUCAAAUCGAUCAAUAUACUAGCACAAGAAGUCAUAAGACAAAAGAGAAAAUUAGGUUUUUCAAAUCAUAGGGAUCUUCUUUCAAGAUUCAUGGGAACAAUAAGUGAUGAAACUUAUUUAAGAGAUAUUGUCAUAAGUUUUCUCUUAGCUGGUAGAGAUACUAUUGCUUCUGCUUUAACAAGUUUCUUUUAUGUAAUUGCAAAACAUCCAAUAGUGGCUAAAUCCAUUAGAGAAGAAGCUGAUAGAGUUGUUGGUCCAAAUAAAGAUCUCACAAGUUGUGAACAAAUGAGUGAGCUUCAUUAUCUACAAGCUUCGAUUUGUGAAAGUAUGAGACUUUACCCUCCUAUCCAAUUUGAUUCAAAGUUUUGUUUAGAAGAUGAUAUUUUACCUGAUGGGACUUUUGUGAAGAAAGGAACAAGGGUUACUUAUCAUCCUUAUGCUAUGGGAAGAAUGGAAGAAUUAUGGGGUUGUGAUUCUUUGGAGUUUAAGCCUGAAAGAUGGUUGAAAGAUGGUAUUUUCUUUCAAGAAAAUCCAUUCAAGUAUCCAGUUUUUCAAGCUGGACUUAGGGUCUGUUUGGGAAAAGAGAUGGCACUUGUUGAGAUUAAAAGUGUGGCUCUUUCGUUGCUAAGGCAAUUUAAUGUCGAAUUAGCUCAACCAUAUCACACGCCACGCUUCUCUCCUGGUCUUACUGCGUCUUUUAGGGGUGGCUUAAUGGUUUCAGUGCGAGAAAUAAGUCCAUAGUCAUCGAAGAUGAAUUCAGAAUGGUUGUGAUCGAUUACAUACAUACAGUAAGUCUUUUUUUCCAUAUGUAUAUAUGGUUCGAGCAGAAAACAAUGAAUUCAGUUGAACCUGCUAAGCUCGUUCUUACUAUGUGUGGUAUAGCAUCUUCAAGCAACCCUAAUCUUGGAAGGCCAAUGUUAGCAGUUUUUUGUGGUAUAUUGAACGAUUCAUGGAGGGGACUCAUGAGAUCGAAACUUCAAGUGAAAAUAUUUUGACACCUCUCUUUUGGCCAAACUUUCUUUAUGUAUGGCAAUAUCCGAUUAAAUGUGGUUCUCUGUUUAAUCUAUUUUUUGCAUGAUUGUACAAACGUUCUACCUAUGGACCCCUUUAGCUCGCUUUUUCACACAAGUUCUGCAAUUUAUGUCGCUGAGUGAAUAUUUUGUAUAUAUAAGUUGUAUAUAUGUACGUUAUAAUUUGUUAAAAAUGUAUAUAUAAUAUAUGUAACUUCUUGAACUGUUGUAGACUAUUUUUUUUUUUCAAGCAAUGAACUACUACUCCAAAUUCUA